CGGGCCGUGCCCGCAGGAGGAGCCGAGCUCUCCGCCCGGGGGGGAUCGCUGUGAGCCUCCUCGCCGGCAGGUGAUCCGUUUGCCAUUUCUUGUUACCCUGCUUCCCACCUCCCCCGCCUUUCUUCCCCCCCGGCUGGACAACUCCCUCCUUUGGAGAACACGCCCAAGUAGCUGAAGAAGAGAGAAAGGGAGGAAAGGAAAAAAAAAAAAAAAGAGAGCGCGAGCGAGGGAGAUAGUUAACAUUGAACCUGGGGGGAGCGCCCGGAGCCGCCGGCGCUCGGGAGGAUCCCGCAGCCCCAUACAUCGCCGGCAAUAAGGCGCUACGUGUGACAGGCAUACAAAUCCGGGCUAGAGGGAAAAAGAGCAGGCGAGAGGGGCAGAGCCGGCGGACGGGCGGUGCGGAGAGCCCCGGCCGAGGGCCAUGGUGAGCGCCCCCGGGGGGUCCCCAGCGCGCAGCAGCGGCGGCGGGCGGCGGGGGCUGCGGCGGGGGCUGCCCCGCUCGGCCGCGCUGCCUUGACCCGGCGGCACCCGGAGCGCACCCCGGGCAUCAUUUCGCAUGUUGGGCUGAGCCACGGCAAGCUGGGAAUAUGAACAGGAAAACAAGGCGCUGGAUUUUCCACAUCUUCCUGAGCCUGGGGAUUGUGUAUAUCAAGAUCGGGGGAUUUUCCUCGGUGGUGGCCCUGGGAGCCAGCAUCAUCUGUAACAAGAUCCCGGGGCUUGCCCCCCGGCAGCGGGCGAUCUGCCAGAGCAGGCCCGACGCGAUUAUCGUCAUCGGGGAAGGGUCCCAGAUGGGCAUCAACGAGUGCCAAUUCCAGUUUCGCAACGGGCGCUGGAACUGCUCAGCCCUGGGAGAGAGGACCGUCUUCGGGAAGGAGCUGAAAGUGGGUAGCAGAGAAGCGGCGUUCACGUAUGCCAUCAUUGCUGCUGGUGUAGCCCAUGCGAUCACGGCUGCCUGCACGCAGGGAAACCUGAGCGACUGCGGUUGUGACAAAGAAAAACAAGGACAGUACCACAAGGAGGAAGGAUGGAAAUGGGGAGGCUGCUCUGCUGAUAUCAGAUAUGGGAUAGGGUUCGCCAAAGUCUUUGUGGAUGCCCGGGAGAUUAAGCAAAAUGCGCGGACGCUCAUGAACCUGCACAACAACGAGGCCGGGCGGAAGAUUCUGGAAGAAAACAUGAAGCUAGAGUGCAAGUGCCAUGGGGUCUCGGGAUCCUGUACCACUAAGACAUGCUGGACAACCCUGCCUAAGUUCCGGGAGCUGGGCUACAUCCUUAAGGACAAAUACAACGAAGCAGUUCAGGUUGAACCAGUGAGGGCAAGUCGCAACAAGCGUCCGACCUUCCUCAAAAUAAAGAAGCCACUUUCUUAUCGCAAACCCAUGGAUACAGAUUUAGUGUACAUAGAAAAAUCUCCUAAUUAUUGUGAAGAAGACCCCGUCACCGGCAGCGUGGGAACACAGGGGAGGAUGUGCAACAAGACAGCCCAGCAGUCCAACGGCUGCGACCUGAUGUGUUGUGGGCGAGGUUACAACACGCACCAGUACUCGAGAGUGUGGCAGUGCAACUGCAAAUUUCAUUGGUGCUGCUAUGUUAAAUGCAACACAUGCAGUGAAAGAACAGAAGUAUAUACCUGUAAAUGAGUACGUGGCUGGGCAGGCUGGCUGUGUCCCUGGCCGCGAGUACAUUUGCACAUACGCUCAACGUACCUACACGAGACUGUAGCAAAGAUCUGCUCUCCCAGAAGAAACUCUGAUGAAUGGAUUCAUGUCUUUUCUUCUCAUGUUUCAUUGCUGUGGAUACACAUUUCAGACUCUUAAGAAAGUCAGCCAAGAAACAAAAAACAAACACCCCCCCAACCCCCUGACACACAAAUCAGAGAGAAGAGAUCAUUCAGUUAAUCUGUACCUCUGGAGCAAGAAGCAUUGACUACCUUGGGAAGAGACACCAGAGAAAAAUCUCUGAGCAUGGCAAUGAACUUGGUUUGGAAAAAAAGAAAAAGAUGGUCAAAAACUUGUGUGUAUAAGGAGCAGGGUGGGGUAGGGGAAAAAUCCUUAGCCAUGGGCUUUGCACAGGAUGGGAUGGACAGUGCCCCAUCGUGAAGCGCCCAUGUGAGUGUGCGGAUGACACAGAUUUAGGCUUCUACACUUGUGAAAAGCUUCUGCCGGUCUUGCCCAUCUUUUCACUUCAUACCACUUGCUACAGCGAGUAGAACUGUUGACAUGUUCUGUAGACACUGCUUUAUCUGCAUUUUGUGUGUGUGUGUGUGCUGCAGAUUUAGCACAGGGAUUUGGGACACUUGGGCAUAAUAAUAGCAAUAUUUAACAAUUUAUUCAGAUAAAACUAAUAUUAAUUUAUUUAAUUAAAAAGAACUCUACCAACAUUUUUGGAACUAUUCUGCAAUUAAAGUAGAUAGCUUGCUUUCUUUGUGGAAUAAUUUUGUAGAAACAGCAAGGAAAAACUGGAGCUGUAUAUAUUAUUCUUAACUAGGAUAUUUCUACUAGUUGGACUUGCAGGAUGUGUUCUACAGUACUAGAUGUUUAAGUGCAAAAGCUGGCAUCUUUAUAUAUAUGUACAUACACAAACACACUGGUUUUUUUCUUGUUUUUAUUUUUUAUUUUUUCCUGUUUGCUGCUAGUUGUCUGGAACAAAAGUCAAGUGGUAGGGGAUGCAAAUCUUUACCAUUUUUUUUUCUUCAAUUAAAGAAAGAAGCAUUAAUAAAAUCCUGUUUAAAAUAUGUCUAAAAAUAAGAAACUCCAGACAAACUUCCAUCUUUUGGAAAAUCAACCAUAGGAUAAGAGAGUAUAUUUUGUAAGAGACUAUUUUUAUAUAAAUAUUUUAUUUAUACUUCAUCUGCUUGUUCAACCUGUACUUUUUCUCAAAACAGGCAUACAAUUUGUAAUUCUUAGGCUAUUUAACAGAGAAAGGGUAAUUAGUUUGUGGACACAACAGCAGCAAGCUGGAUACAUUCAGCUGCAAUUGGUGGAUGUGUCAGAAAGCAGAUUGAACUUUGUCUCCAGAUGUGUGUACAAACUGGCUCUUUUCCUGCAGUUCAUUUUGCAGAAUAUGCAAAACAAGAACAGGGUAUGUAGCAUCAAUCUUGUCACAUGGCUUGAAUUCAUGAUUGGCAUUAACUGGAUGCUCAUUUAUCCCAUUCAGGAAAAAAAAUCCAAAUUAGCUUCCCACAUGCAUCAGUCAUUAAACUGUGGCAUUAUGACUAGCAAAUGUGCUGUGUGUGCUGUCAGUUAAGUCUCUAUAUUGUGUUACUGUCAAAUUUGGUUUUAAUCAGUGAAGACUGUAGACUAUGACUGUAACAACUAGCACGAUACACGUCGUCUGAUUCUCAUAGAUAGGAUACAAUGCUUACUUUUUGUCCAGCUCUUUUUGGCAUUUACAUUAUUCCCAAAAGGCCAGAGCUCAAAAAAAACCCCACAAAACAAACAAACAAACAAACAAAAAAAAACAACAACAACCCACAAUCAAAAACCAAAAACAAAAAAAUAGACAAAUUUAAAGACUGCUCAUUUGUUUUUCAGAGCUCAGUUAAACCUUCUUGUGUUCCCUUUACAGUAUUUCCUUUUUCAUCACUGCUAAUUUCUCCGGAUAUUUGAGGGGCAAAUGUUUUUUUGUUUUUGGAUUCAUUCUGUUCUUCCUGCUGGAUUCUUUUGUGGCUGAUAAAAAAAUAAUCCAAGUUUAAUGUUGUUUUUCAUUGGGUAAGAAAGAUGGCGCUGAGCUACAGAUGAUACUGUAUGUUCUAACAGGGACAGACCACAUUCUUCCGUUUCCCCAUGACAGGACCUCAUGCCUUUACAGAGGCAUCAGUAAAGGAAGCAAACCAGUAGCCAGCACGCAGUGCAUUCACUGACUCCUCUAGAUAAGAGCAAGCAUUACAAGCAAUAGGCAAUACAGAUAUAUCUUGGGUCCAAUCAUCUUUCUGAGGCAAAGCUCCCACCUAAGACUGCGAAAGUGGAGAAAACUGUCAGCAAACUUUCUGAGAAAAAGGCAACCAGAAGUACUACAGAGGUGCUGCAAAGUUUCAGCCUGAUAGCCUGACCUUUUGGAAGCUGCCUGAAUAUGACGGCAUUUUUUCAGACUCACUUCUUGCAUAUGUUCAUGUAAGAACACAAGCCCAAGCAGUACCUGAUCCUGCAUAAUUGGGAUUAAAUAUACAGUUUCUUUGCAGACCUGCCACUUAACACAUCAUAUAAUUUUUAUGUAAUUCAGACACCAGCAUGAGAUAUCAAAAAAAAUUAUUAACAUAACUUACAUUCGAACAUAUGACUUGUCAAUAUAAAGCAAUAUAAAAGCAAUUUUUUUCUUGGAAUUGAGUCACUGCUUUUAGUUCUUCUAAAUACCAUGCAUCGAGAAAUGACAGGACAUAAAAUGCAAUGAAGUACAUACAGUAUGGAUGUUAAUUACAAAACUAUGUUGUGGUUAAAUAGCUCAGUUCUAACGUUUGACUUUGGAAUCCUUCCCCCUCAGUCUGUAAUUUUUUAAAAAAAUUAGUGGAUAUAAUACCAUCAUCAAAAGUGUGUUUUCUUCACUGAUUAUAGCUAUUUUACAAAUUAUUACUUUCACAGCAUGUUUUACUAUGGGAAAACCAUCUGUACAAUUUCUGCUUCCCAUAUAUUUCAAUACGCAAUGAUGUGCAAUGGUGAUCAGAUUAAUUCUUGAAGGACAAAUAUCUUUAAACAGUUUUACUCAUGUAAUAAAGAACUGGAUGUGUGGUAAAAUUAAUUUGGUACACACUUGCCCAAUAUUUUACAAUACUGCUGGUGAUCUGUGCAUUACUUAGAGAAAAUUUCAAUUUUAUUGAUAAUUGAGAUAUCACUUUAUGAUAACUAUAAAUUAUCUAUUAUUUACCUAUAAAUUAAAGAGCAAGGAAAAACAAAUGCUGCGUUCAACUAGAAAGUAUUUGGAAAUUUGGUUGCAUCCUCUUAGAUAAGAGGAAUCUGGCCCACAAGAACCUGCCAUGAGUCUGGAGUCAAUUGGCCAUUCCCUAAACGUGCUUGGAUAGCAUGAAGAAUAAACGGGAGAGGGAGAAAGAUUUAUGAUUUUGUAGAUAUUCCGCCCCCCCAACAACAGUUUGUUCUUUGUCCUCAGGGAUAGAAGAGCACUGUUUUGACUUGGUGAAGAACCACACAAUGGGACUGAAAUGCACACAACUGCAGAACAACACAGCUCUCAAAAGAAAAUAUGUCUUUUCAUCUCCGCUAACCAAGGGAAGUGCUGGAUUGCUGGCCACAUUAAUAACCUAGCAGAGGCUUUUAAAUGAAACGUGUUCAAGAAGCAGGAAGAGUGAGAGGAGUAGGAAGAGUAGGAGAACAAACACAAUUACAAGUUGGGAAACUAUUAUUUACGAAAUCUCACUUCCUUAUUCAGACCCUGAUUCAUGGAAAUGAUACAGCUCCACAUUGGGAUUUCUAAGCAAGUUUUAAGGAUUUUACCUUUUGGCCUUUUUUUAAAGGAGAACUAACUUGAAUACAAUUAGCUUGAAUACUUGAAGUAUCUGCCCAAAACAUGAAUCAGUCAAUGAUUAAGUUUUCUUUGCCAUGUAUGCACAAACCUAAUGGAGAUAUGUCUUUCAAAAGUGAUAAUUAAAUGAAAAUCAUCCUUAAAAUGUAUUCUUAAGUGACUCAUUUGGUAAAAUUAUUGUAAGGGUACAUAGUUACUCAGAACAGGAAAAUAAUGGACACUCAUCAUAUUAUGCAAAGCUGUUAAUGAAUUACCUUGUGGAUUACACAACUGACCACACUUUAACAGCAAUUUGUUGAAUACAGAACCAUCAGAGAUGUCAAUCAGGGUGAACAUAUUCAUAUGAAGAUUCCACAUAAGUAUUUUUUUACACCAUUUUUACAUUUAUCAUUAUUAUAGAUAUCUGGAACGAUGCACUGUGAAUAUCCACAAUAAGAGUAUUUACUAAUACAGUCCCUUGCCCCCAGCUUGUAACCCCAAGAAGCCCAGCUGGACAACAAGCCCUCCAGCUCUUGUUGGUGUGACUAAACUGCAGACUCAGUGGUUUACCUGCAGAGUCAGGGGUAGCUAAAAGUGAUGUACUGCUGCUGUCAACCAGCUGGGGUACCACCUGGGUCAGUGCUUUAAUGUCCCAGAUUGAACCAGGUACAGUAAUUUUAUCACACAGCACGGCAGACAAUGAAGCUCAUCUUAUUCCAAAAUGGUUAUUCAUGGUUAUUAACCAAUUCAUGGUUACCUUGAGUAGCUCUCACCAUGAAAACUGACCUAGCUGGCUAACCUAAUUUAUGUUCUUCUAGUCAAAAUCAUACCAAGAAUUCCUCAAAGGCAGGCAUUUUACUCUUGAACAAAAAUGAAGAGAAUCAUUUGUCUGGAAACAAACAAUAAUAUGAUUAAGUUAAAAUGUGUACUUGGAUCUCAAAGACUCUAGGAGUUUGAAGAGGGAUACCAGAACUUUGUGGUUCUCUUGCCUUGUUCUGAGAUGAUGCUGUAAAACCUUAAAGGCUUCUUUUGGUGCUUUGGAGUUUCAGGGAAGAACUGAUUUUUCCCUUUUGUUGUUACAUAUUCAUAGAUUCAUCAAUAGCAUAUACCGUCAUUUGCAACUGGGGGGCCAGAAACAACUUCCAGAGAAAUCACACUUUUAAGCGCAGCCAAUAUAUUUACUACUGGUUCUCUCAGGUUCACAUCAUUCCUGACCUUGAUCUUGUAUUUUUGUCAAAGAAAUCGCUGUAUCAAACUCUUCUUAGGGAAUAUUCCUGCCUUGUAAUUGGAUUUCAGAUCUCUGGGACAAGAUGAUAUUAUAUUUACUUUAGGGAAAUGUUUCCAGGAUUGCAUGCACAAAAAACAAAAAUGAGAUGAAGAGAAUGGUAUCAAAAUUGUUCCAGUUACCUGUGAUUAUUACCACAUUGCCAAAUUCUCUUAGCUCUAGUAACCUUAGUUUUUGUAUUUCCAGUGCUAGCUUGUAUCCUUUCCCUGUACCAAAAAAUAAGUUGUAUAUAUCAUACCAGAUCUACAGUUAGUUUUGUGGCUGUUGAUACAAACAAUUCACUAGCAGUAUGUCACAAGCCCCAAGCUAGCAGCAUAUAAAACCUUGCCCACCUCUAGUUUUUAAGAAUGCACAGCAGUUUUUCCUCAGGAACACUGCAUUACACACAACUUUCUGGUACUGCAGUGCUUCACUUUUUGCUUUUCGCUAGCAUGUCUGCCUGCAGCACUUACAUGCCUGUUAUUUUAUUCUCUCCCAGUACUUGGACUUUUAGCUCUCUAUAGUGUUUAUAAUCUCUCUGAUCCACCCCCAGUCACUGGUGGCUCGUGUAUCAUGAUUUUCUGUCCAUACAUGAGCUACAAUACAAUAGAGAAGCAGUAUGCUCAGCACCAAAAUCAUUCAUCCUCUCACAACGCAUCUCUAAUUUUUCAGACUGAUAAAAGAAAUCUGGAAUUACUCCACAUCCAAUACACCACACCCCCCUAAUACACUGUGUAAGGAUUAUUGAUAAACCUACACUGGUAGUUAUUUAAAACAAAGUUAAAGAGUGGACCAGAACAAGUGUUCUGUAAUUGGCUAAAGUUUUAUAACGAAUUGUAGCAAAACGUGUGAAGGGAGUGCUAAGUUUUGUUCUCUGUCAGGCAAACCCAUCAAUUUAAAAGUGACUGCACAGGAAUUGUACCAGAGAUGAUGCUUAGUUUUGGCCCUGUAGUACCUACAGAAUAAACGAAAUCAACUCGAAAGAUGAAGAAACCAAUGGCCUAUUACAGAUAGGGUGCAGCCCAGAAAAACUUUGGAAAACAGAAGCACAUAGGAAGGAAAAUCCCAGAAAAUGUCAGUGCAUGGAAAGCUUCUUACUGAGUCUACCAGGGAAGGCCAGCUUAGCUGAAUGGACAGAUUUUAGCACAAGCUCGGGCUGCCUAGUUGUCACACAGCUCAUCGUGCAAUUGCAUUUGGCUCAAGCAAAAACCAAACAUCUAUUCCAUUGAGUCAGCAAAGGGAACUUUUUGUGAGUUGCUUCUUGUGCUUAAUUUAUUUCCUAGAAACUUUUCUUUUGUAAGUGGGCCCACAGAAAUAUAUACUAUGGGCUACACAACUGUCCAUAUAUAGCUGCAUUUGGAAAUUGUUUCAAUUUGAUCAGAACUGUUUUAAACUACAGAGGCUAUUAACUAGAAAUCAACAGACAAGGACGGAGAAGAUGCAGUACAGGCAGUAGGGUUUGACCAUAAUGCCAUCACACACAACUGAAAGCGUAUCAUUUAUCACCACAAAAGUUGUUUUUGCAUGUCUUCAAAAAAAAAUAAUCAGGAUAAUUCCUUUUGGCCUUCAAUAAUGCUGUGGUGUGAGGUUAUGCAAAUGUUCUGCACUGAGCCUGGCCUUAGUCAACUGCUAUUAUCCUCAUAAACAGACAGGAAGUCAGGACACAAAGCACAAGAGGGUUGGCUGGUGGGCACAAAGGAAGUCUGUGAAAGAAUUAGGACUACGGCCCAGAUUUCUCAGCUUUUGCCAUGCUGUUUUGGGGAACUCAAGCAGUGUCUGAUUUGCCUCCAUUUAUAAAAUAUGU